AGCUGAGAGGUCCCGAAAUGAUGGCGGCGAUGGCGGCGGCGCUGCGGGGUCCUGGCCGGCGCUUCCGGUGGCGGACGCAGGCCUUGGCGGGAGGGGCUCGGGGUGCGGCUCGGGGCGCGGCAGCAGGGCAGCAGGACUAUGAUCUUCUGGUGAUUGGUGGGGGAUCUGGUGGCUUGGCUUGUGCCAAGGAAGCUGCUCAACUGGGAAGAAAGGUAGCUGUGGUCGACUACGUGGAGCCCUCUCCCCAAGGCACCAGGUGGGGUCUUGGGGGCACCUGUGUCAACGUGGGCUGCAUCCCCAAGAAGCUGAUGCAUCAGACAGCACUGCUGGGGGGCAUGAUCCAAGAUGCCCAUCACUAUGGCUGGGAGGUGGCUCAGCCCAUCCGGCAUGAUUGGAGGAAAAUGGCAGAAGCUGUGCAAAACCAUGUGAAGUCCUUGAACUGGGGGCACCGUGUUCAACUGCAGGAUAGAAAAGUCAAGUACUUUAACAUCAAAGCCAGCUUCAUCAAUAAACACACUGUUUGUGGCAUUGCAAAAAGUGGGAAAGAGACUCUGCUUUCAGCUGACCACAUUGUCAUUGCUACUGGAGGACGGCCAAGGUACCCCACACAUAUUGAAGGUGCCUUGGAAUAUGGAAUUACAAGUGAUGACAUCUUCUGGCUGAAGGAAUCCCCUGGAAAAACGUUGGUGGUUGGGGCCAGCUAUGUGGCCCUGGAGUGUGCUGGCUUCCUCACGGGAAUUAAACUGGACACCACUGUCAUGAUGCGCAGCAUCCCCCUUCGGGGCUUCGACCAGCAAAUGUCUUCUUUGGUCAUGGAGCACAUGGAGUCUCAUGGCACCCAGUUCCUGAGGGGUUGCAUCCCCACCUGCAUCAGGAGGCUCCCAGAUGGCCAACUCCAGGUUACCUGGGAGGACCGUACCUCUGGCAAGAAGGACACAGGCAUCUUUGACACUGUCCUGUGGGCCAUAGGUCGAAUUCCAGAAACGAGAAAUCUGAAUCUGGAGGAAGUUGGAGUGAAUAUAAACCCUGAGAAUCAAAAGAUCAUUGUUGAUGCCCAGGAGGUCACCUCUGUCCCCAACAUCUAUGCCAUUGGAGAUGUUGCUGAGGGGCGACCUGAGCUAACACCCACAGCUAUCAUGGCGGGGAAACUUCUGGCCCAGCGGCUCUUCGGACAAUCCUCAGACUUGAUGGAUUAUAACAAUGUUCCCACUACUGUCUUCACUCCAUUGGAAUAUGGCUGUGUGGGGUUAUCAGAAGAGGAGGCUGUGGCUCGCCAUGGACAGGAGCAUAUUGAGGUUUAUCACGCAUAUUAUAAACCAUUAGAGUUCACAGUGGCUGAACGGGAUGCAUCCCAGUGUUAUGUAAAGAUGGUGUGCCUGAGGGAGUCCCCACAGCUGGUGCUGGGCCUGCACUUCCUCGGUCCCAACGCUGGUGAAGUUACUCAAGGAUUCGCUCUGGGGAUCAAUACUGAAGAUUGAACUCAGGGAUGCUCUACCACUGAAUUACACCCCAGUCCUUUUUGACAGGAUCUUACCAUGUUGCUGAGGCUGAUUUUGAACUUGAAAUCCUCCUGCCUUAGCCUUAUGAAUCAACUGAGAUUACAAGCUUAUACCACUGCAGUCAACCAGAAUUGCAAAAUUAAAAUGAGAAAUGACAAAACUGUAGAUUUGAUCCCAGAAUUGUAGAUAGAUAAAUAGAUAGGAGGAUGAAUUCACACAGAGAUUUUUAAUACCUUGAUCAGCAAUUGAUAUACAGCUAAGAAAUUCAGAGUUGAAGACACUAUCAACCUCCUAAAUCUAACUGACAUUUGCAGAACACAUUUUCCCAUUUUUAAUUUUUUUCAAUAGGUCACUUUUCUUUUGUACUGUAAUGACUAGCUGCUAUGAUAGAGUUAUGUUAAAAAUUUUAGUAAUGUUUUUGAGCUUAAAUCAUAUUCAUAUAAAUGGUACAAUUUGAUAAAUUUUAACAAAUAUAACCACUCAGAAGUCACCCCAAAAAUCAAGAUAUAGAAACUUUUCAUCCCCUUGCCUCCCCCCGCAUUUUCUCAUGCCCUGCUGGUCUUUCAUUUCCUCCACUUCCUUGCUCCAGGUGAGGACUGAUCAGCUUUCUGUCAAUAAAAGAUGAGUUUGCAUUUUCUGGAACAUCUGAU